UCCUUUGAGGAUGUCGCCUUCCAGCAGGCAGCCCUGCAAGAGGCACAGUUACAGCAAGCAUUAGGAUAGAUAAAGAGAGAGAAAGAAAUGAUGAUUAGAAGGAGAAUCAGGAUGCAACGAAGAGGGGCAGACAUAGAGGAGUUAGAAAGGAUGCACCUGACCACUAUGGAUGAUGAUGUGAGAGUAGUUAGGAGGGCCCUGCUAGGCGUUAUAGAAAUGCAGGAGCAUCAAACUACCAUCCUCCAUGACAUCCAACAGAGCCUAGCCGUUUUGGCAGGCCGUGCUCAGGCAGCACCAUCUCCAGCAGGGCCUGGUGCCUGGCCCGUGCCAUAUCCUCCCUUCUCUAUCCCACCGGUGACUGGGGUAUCCCCAUAUGUAGCCCCGUCAACGGUUGCUAUCGUUUCCCUGGGCAUGCCACUGUCAGGAGGGGUAUCAGCAGGGAGUAGUUUACAGGUUACUGUUCAGACAGUGUUUACUCCAAGUCCGUCACAGGUUGCAAUCACCACGCAGCCUGCUGUCUCGCAGCCAGUGCAGCUUCAGGGCACACAGCCCCAGCAGCUAGCACAGCAACCUGUUUCACCGGGUCCACAGCCUGGAAUGAUGCAUGGACCGGGACAGACACAGUGGGUUCCAAAGACGGCCAUCACCGCUCCCAAACCUUUUACAGGGGAUAAGAGAGGCGAGGACCUCGACACAUGGUUGAGGGUUGUGMCGGUCUACGUCAAGUGCAAACUCUCCUUGCCGCAUGAAGAAGUGUUUGUGGYUGCGUCUUACCUCGAGGGUAGUGCAGCAAGAUGGUUGAGCGGUCUAGUGCAACUUCAGGGRUAUGGUCAUGACUUCCUCRCUUGGGCGGCCUCCCARAAAUUGGAGGACUUCCUAAAGAUGGUGGAGGAGAGGUGGCAUGAUCCUCAGGAGGCUCAAAGGGCCACUGACGCGAUCCUGAUACUGCACACGCGGCAGUUCAAGUYAGUAAGGGAAGCCACCGACGCUGUAGAGCGUUUGAUCUGUGUCCCUGGGGUACGUUAUGAUCCUCAGGUCCUGUUGACUUCGUACCUGAGAUGCUUUUCUCARCCUCUCAGGAACCAGUUGGCAAAAGAGGCCAACAUCAAUAUGCACAACUUUCCUUCGUUUAGCAAGGUGGCCCUAGACCUAGAAGCAAAGAUAGGGCAUGGACAGGCACCCACUACGGAAGGGAGAAAGAAGRCACUGCCUCCCAAYUGGAAGGCGAAGGGUCGCUURAUGUUURUCGACAAUGAUGGUUCAACCAUCGAGUUGGACGGCAACUUCCAGGAGGGAGUAGGUGCAGAGGCAGGUGGCGAUACUUCAGAGGGUGGAGUACGCCUGAGUCGACCUGUGGAGUCGACCUGUGCCAACAAACAGCGCAUGGUAGUUAAUGACUACCUCCAUGAUGUAGAGUAUGUUUUCCCGUACGCGGGAGGGGACUUGAGACAUCGUGUCUCGUUCCUGGUGAGUGACGAGCUCCCAAUGGACAUGUUACGAGGGGUUGUUGAGAGGGAGGUCGUCCACGCGAUAGAGAUUAUCCCAGGGUCUAGUAUUCCAAGGGGGAGAAUCUAUCGGAUGUCUCCAGGCGAGCUUGAUGAGCUUCGCCGCCAACUCAUGGAACUCGUAGAGAAGGGCUGGAUCUGGCUGAGUGUCUCUCCUUAUGGGUCUCUAGUUUUAUUCGUACCUAAGAAGAAGGAGGGAACCCUUAGGAUGUGCAUUGACUAUAGGGGCCUCAAUGCCAUCACUGUCAAGAACAGAGAGCCCCUACCGCGCAUCGACGAUCUGCUAGAUAGAGUGCAAGGGUGUCGGUACUUUAGCAAGAUAGAUCUGAAGUCCGGGUACCAUCAGAUUGCCAUACGGCCCGAGGAUCAACACAAAACCGCUUUUCAGACCAGGUACGGUCUGUACGAAUUUGUGGUGAUGUCUUUUGGCCUUUGCAAUGCUCCUGGCACCUUUCAGCACGCUAUGAAUCGGAUAUUCCAUGACUACUUGGAUAAGUUUGUCAUCGUGUACCUCGAUGACAUACUUAUUUUCAGUAAGACUGUCGAGGAACAUGUGGCACAUCUGGACAAAGUCCUCGGCCUCCUGCGACAGCACAAGUUCAAUAUCAACGGUGAGAAGUGCGAGUUUGGCCGCACCCGUGUUGUGUACUUGGGUCAUGAGAUUUCUGCGGAGGGAUUGAAGCCUGAUGACGCAAAGGUGGCCAACAUUCGUGAUUGGCCACGUCCUCAGUCUGUGACUKAGAUGAGAUCUUUCUUAGGAAUGACAGGCUACUAUAGGACUUUCGUUAAGAACUACAGCAUAGUGGCCACUCCUUUGACUGAUCUUACCCGCCUUGACACCCCUUGGGAGUGGACAGAUAAGUGCGAGGCUGCUUUCAGACAUCUGAAGCAUGCACUGACACACUAUGAAGUCUUGAAACUUCCUGAUCCYGACAAGCCRUUUAUAGUYACAACGGAUGCCAGCCAAUAUGGCAUUGGCGUCGUGCUUGCGCAGCAGGAGGGGCCAAAGUUGAGGCCAGUAGAGUACAUGUCCAAGAAAAUGCCGUCUCAGAAGUUGGCUAAGUCCACUUAUGAGAAGGAACUCUAUGCGGUGUACAAGGCUCUCACCCAUUGGAGACACUAUCUCCUUGGGCGGUUCUUCAUCCUCCGGACUGAUCAUCAGACCCUGCGAUGGAUGAGAACACAACCGGUACUCUCUGAUGCUCUCAAGCAUUGGAUCGAAGUCAUUGAGCAAUAUGACUUUGACCCUCAGUAUCUCAAAGGGGAGUACAACAAGGUUGCUGAUGCCUUGUCGCGCAGACCGGACUUCUCAGGUGCACUGAUUACUGAGUUCGAUCUGACGGACGAUGUUACUCAGACUUUGGUGGAAGUCUAUCGUCAGGACCAGUUUAUGUCUGAGAUCAUACGCAAACUUGAGGCGAAGGAUAAGAAGACCUUCGCCGAGUUUGAAUUGGUCAAUGGAUUGGUCUUCCUAGAGAAGGCAGGGAAUAAACGCUUGUGUGUUCCAAAUAGCGAGUCUUUGCGUAGUUUGUUUUUAGGCUAGUGUCAUGAUGCCAYCGGCCAUUUUGGGUACAAGAAGACCGCAACCAACUUGCUGCAGCGGUUCUGGUGGCCCACGAUGAUGAAAGAUACAAAGCUGUACGUGGAAACUUGUCAAGUAUGCCAAAGAGACAAGUCCUGUACUCAGGCUCCUCUAAAACGGGCACAUGGAUCCGACCGUGAAAAUGGUUGGAUACAUUCCCCUAGGUGCCAAUGUGAUGAGCCUUACAAUCCUCUAACAAAACACAUCUUGAGCA